AUGUGCGAGACAUUCAAUGCUGUCAUAAAGGAGGCAAGAGACAAGCCAGUUCUAACCAUGAUGGAAUGGUUAAGAAGGUAUCUGAUGAAGAGAAACUAUGAGAAAUGGCAAGGAGUUCAAUCUUAUGAAGGGAAAAACAUGCCAUAUAUUAAGAAGACUUUUGAUGGAAUGGAGGAAGAGUCAAGGAAAUGUGUGUUGCAGAUUAGUAGAGAAGAUAUGUAUGAAGUUAGUCAUAGGGGUGAUCAGUUGAAAGUUGAUUUGGCUUUGUGGACAUGUACUUGUUAUCACUGGCAGUUGACAGGCAUCCCUUGUGUGCAUGCAUUUAGAUGCAUUUUGGAGAAGAAUGCUGAUCCAAAUGACUAUGUUGAUUCAGCCUAUAGUAGAGAGACAUAUUUACAUGCAUAUAGCCAAGCCAUCAACCCCAUGCCUGGUGUUAAUUACUGGAAAAAAAUUGAUCUACCCCAUCCUCUACCACCAGUUCAUAAGAUUAUGCCUGGGAGACCUAAUUUGAAAAAGAGGAAAAAGGAAAAGGGGGAAGAGGCUGAACAAAAAGCAAAGAAGGUUAAGAUGGCAAAGUGCAAAUGCAGCAAUUGUGGUCAAGUGGGACACAAUAAAAGGGGAUGCAAAGCUACAACAGUUUCAGCAAAUACAAAAGAAGUUGGGAGGCCUCCUAGCACUUCACAAUGGGCAGUAGCCGAGAGGUCAAAAAAAUCUAUGAGAGCUAAGAACAAAAAGGUAUUUAUCUAG